AGUCGGGUCACAGAGACAGUACAGUAAGAUACACUGUACACAGUCAGUUUGUUCCUAUCGGUACCAGACCUCACACAGACUGACCGACACGAGGAACGCUCCUACGUCCCAGGCAAAAACACGCCAGUGACGCCAGCCCGAAAAAGUCCUCGAUUCGUCUGCACAGUGAAACGCAACAUCCGUUUAUCUUCGGUCGGUGACAGUUGUGAUUGUUAAAUCACGUGAGUGGUGAGUCAUUGCACAGGGUAUCAGUUACAUACUGUCUUGGUAACAUUUCAAAGCCAACUUCCUACCCGACGCAACAGUCAACUGACGAUGAAGCUUUUGAUAUUGUGUAUCAGUUUGGCCGUUCUGAGGUCCUCCCUCGGUAUUAACCCAGCCACCGAAGAGGAAGAAUGGCAGGAGUGGAAGGCUAGGUAUGGGAAGGGCUACCCCACGGAUGAGGAGGAUGAAGACAGGCGGAAUGUGUGGCUGGAGAACUACGACUACGUGGCCGCUCACAACGCCCUCAACGACGUUACCUACAAGCUGGAACUCAACAAGUUCGCGGACGAGCUGUCGCCAGCGAUCUCAUACCCAGACCACGAGAAGGUCCAUGAGGAGAUUCUGGUGAAGGAUAAGUCCGCCCCCAAACAAUUCGACUGGAGGAAGAAGGGCGUGGUCGGCGCUGUCAAAAAACCAGGGUCAGAUGGGAUAUGUGGAGGCCUUUGUUGCUGCAGGCAAGUGCUCACACCCUAUCUCCAGGGUCUUUCCGAAGUUCUGUGUUUGACGUCCAGCGUAUUCACACGCCCACGUCUCUAUCUGCAGCUGUCGCCAGCGAUCUCAUACCCAGACCACGAGAAGGUCCAUGAGGAGAUUCUGGUGAAGGAUAAGUCCGCCCCCAAACAAUUCGACUGGAGGAAGAAGGGCGUGGUCGGCGCUGUCAAAAACCAGGGUCAGAUGGGAUAUGUGGAGGCCUUUGUUGCUGCAGAGUGUGUGGAGAGUCUCCACGCUAUCCAGACAGGUCGGCUGUAUGACCUCAGCGCACAGGAAGUUGAAGCUUGUUGCAGGGAAUUCCUGCAGCUGCCCAUCGAGAAUGAUGUGUUUGGCUGCAUCCACAAAAUUGGGGGCCUCUGCACAGCGGCUACAUACAAACCAUCAUCCCAAUGUUCCAAUACGUCAUGCGAACCCGUGGCACAAACACAGGGUACCAAGUAUGUCCCGGCUAACAACGAGGGGGCUCUUCUCGAAGCCCUCCUGACCGUCCCGGUGUUUGUAACGGUCAACGCCAGUCCACAGUCCUUUCUAAUGUACAAGUCUGGAGUAUACUCGGACCCACAAUGCACCGGUGGCAACCUGGACCACGUACUGCAGCUUGUUGGGUACGGCACUGACGAGGAGGGUAACGCCUACUGGAUCUGCAAGAACAGCUGGGGGGAGGACUGGGGGAUGGAAGGUUACGUCUACAUCCAGCGAGGGGUCAACAGAUGUGGCAUUGCGGAAGAUGCCAAGUACCCUUACUGAAAUUAAAGUUACUUCAUAUCAUUUA